AUGGUUCAAGUUGAAAAUCUCAAACGUCACGUUGCAAGUUGUGGAUUCUCUCCCGUGCAAUGUUCUAAUGAUGGAUGUAAUGUUCUCGUGAAUGCCAGCAACAAGCUUCACCACGAAACUGAAGUAUGUGACUUUGGGAAAUUGAAAUGUCAUCACGGUGGUCAACUAAAAAACGAAGUGAGGGAAAUGAGAGAUGAAAUGUUGGCUCGUCAAAAUAAAAUGAGAAAUGAAAUGAAGGAGAUGAAACAGGAAGUAAAGGGAAUGAUUAGAAAUGAAAUGGAAAGAAUAAAAAUGGAACUGAAAAGUGAAAUAAAAAAUGAAUUGAAAGGCAUGAAAGCAGAAAUAAAAAAUCAAAUGAAAGAAAUGAGAGAAGAAGUAAAAACUGGAAUAAAGGUAGAAGUGAAUAGGAUAAAAGAAGAAAUGAAAAAUGAAAUGAAAGGAAUGAAAGUGGAAAUGAGAAAUGGAAUGAAGGGAAUAAUAAAAACUGAAUUAAAAGGAAUAAAAGAGGAAAUGCAUAAUAACGAAAUGAAAGACAUAGUUGCGAAUGCAGUGCGAGAUGCAAUGACAGGAAUGAAAGGUCUCGAAGUUGAAAUGCAAAAUUCAAAACAAAGUUCGAAAGCAACAUGUUCUUCAGAUGCGGUAGAAGACAUCUUCUUAGUUGGAGGAGAACACAAGAAGGGUUGGAAGGUCGUGAAGAAUAAAUCUACCGAGUGUUUCAACUGGAUUGACCAAACCUGGACAUCCGCAGUAUUUGAAGGUCGUUCCCACACUAGUACGUGCUUCAAUGCGGUAAUAAUGUAUGAUGUCAUCACAGGACGUUCUCAAAUGUUUCCAUGUAUGAAGCAUAAGCGACGUGGUUACACAGCGGUCUUAACCGGCAAUGUUGUAGUGGUUAUGGGAGGAAUAAAUGAGAACAGCGAAUAUCUUAAGUCAGUGGAAUGUUUUGAUUUAGAACUUCACGUUUGGCAACACUUGCCUGACAUGCUUGAACCAAGAGCUUAUGCCACUGCUGUUGUCAAACCAAACCUUUGA